GAGCAGCGGCAAGCGGCGCCACAUUCACAUUCUACCUACCGACAUGAGAUGAAAAAUAUAGUACGUUUCUGAUAAAUGUGUCAACAUAACCUUUCUACGAAAUAAAUUAAAUUAUUUGAAUCUCGACAGAGUCCUUCCAUAGCCACAAUGCCUGGAAUUUGUAACGAAAUUAUUGAUGAUAUUGAAGAUUUGAUAUCAUCUCAGGACAUUACCCCCAAAGAGCGUUACAGUACGCGAAGAGCUGUAACUUUUCGGCCAAAGAAACAUCAAGACAGUAAGGGUGGCCAAGCUUCAUCAGAAAAUUGUAUCAAUGAAGAAUCUGCCAGCACAGAAAUUCCAGGAACAGGAACUGUGUAUGUGAAGACAUGGGGUUGCACCCACAAUGGUUCUGAUAGUGAAUAUAUGGCAGGACAGCUGGCUGCAUAUGGUUACAAACUAACAGAUAAGAAGGAAGAGGCACAUUUGUGGUUGCUGAACAGCUGUACUGUUAAAAAUCCUGCUGAGGAUCAUUUUCGAAAUGAGAUUGCUGAUGCCAAGCGUCUUGGUAAGCACAUUGUCUUGGCAGGAUGUGUACCUCAGGGUGCCCCAAAGGCUGAGUACUUACAAGGCUUAAGUGUGAUUGGCGUGCAGCAAAUAGAUAGAGUGGUAGAAGUUGUUGAGGAAACACUGAAAGGUAAUUCUGUCAGAUUUCUUGGUCAAAAGAAAACUGGAGGUAAAAAGUUGGGUGGAGCCUCGCUGGAACUGCCCAAGGUUCGUCGAAAUGACCUUAUUGAGAUAAUUGCAAUUAACACAGGUUGCCUUAAUCAGUGCACCUACUGCAAAACGAAACACGCUCGUGGGGAUCUAGGAAGCUACCCCCCUGAUGAAAUUGUUGCACGAGCAGUUCAAUCAUUUUCUGAAGGAGUGAAAGAGAUUUGGCUAACUUCUGAAGAUACUGGAACAUAUGGUAGAGAUAUUGGAACAAGCCUUCCUGAGCUGCUGUGGAAACUUGUGGAAGUCAUUCCAGAAGGUUGCAUGUUACGCAUUGGAAUGACCAAUCCCCCCUAUAUUUUGGAGCAUCUGGAGGAAAUGGCCAACAUAUUAGCUCAUCCCAAAGUGUACAGCUUCCUCCAUGUUCCAGUGCAGUCUGGGUCAGAUGCUGUGUUAACAGAUAUGAAAAGAGAAUACUGUCGAAAGGAUUUUGAAAAUGUUGUUGAUUAUUUGAAGGAAAGGGUCCCUGGUAUGACAAUUGCAACAGAUAUUAUUUGUGGUUUCCCUACCGAAACUGAGACAGAUUUUGAAGACACUGUAUCAUUGUGUGCAAAACAUAAAUUUCCUAGUCUGUUCAUCAAUCAAUUUUUCCCCAGGCCAGGAACUCCUGCUGCUAAAAUGAUCAGAGCAGCUACAACACAAGAGGUGAAAAAAAGAACAAAGAGGUUGUCUGAAUUAUUUCAGUCUUAUGAGCCUUACACCCAUAAGUUGGGUGAAAUUCAAGAUAUUUUGGUGACUGAAAUAUCACAUGACAAAAAGCACUAUGUUGGCCACAAUAAAUUUUAUGAACAGGUUCUUGUUCCACAAGCUACUGAAAUGUUAGGGAAAAUGAUUAAGGUUAAAAUCAUAGCAACACAAAAGCACUGUAUGAUUGCUGAACCAGUUGAAGCUACAUCAAAAGAAGAGCAGUAUGCUGUCAUGAAUGGCACUAUUCGAUUGCGAAAUAAUGGUACCAUUCUCAAUGGUAUGAAAAAGCAAAACUCUUUCUCUGCAGCUGGAGACAGCGAUACAAUUACUUUGAGGGGGAAUAGAUUUACUAGGACAAUGCUUGUACCCCUCCUUGUUCUUGGAUUUACAAUAUUGAUUCGCCUGUUGUGGACUAUGUCUCAGAGUCAGACUACUAAAAGGUCAGAGUUGUGAUUGUUCAAGAUAAUGUACUCUGUUUGGUUCAGUUACCAAAACUAUUAAAUGAAAUAUUUCUUUUUAAAAUCUUGACUGCAUGCAGGUCAUGUGUCAAAUUUAGUUGACUUUUCUGAGUGAACAGUUGUGAGAUUUAUAUUUGUGUUUGUUCUUCUUUCAAUAAUCACAUUAAACUUCAAUCAAACGUA